CAACUCUUAUUCAUUCCAGAUUUGGUGGCCCAGCACAAUGAGAGCUCAGAGGGGACUCAUCUUACUCCUGCUGCUUCUGGCUGUCUUCUGUUCCACAGCUGUUAGCCUCAGAUGCUACCACUGUGUAGACCCGGUUUCUUCAUGCAAAACAAACAUCACUUGCUCUCCUAGCCAGGAUACCUGUCUCUAUGCUGUAUCCGGAAUGCAAGUGUAUCAACAGUGUUGGAAACGUUCAGAAUGUAAUGGCGAGGCCCUUAUGAACCUAUUAGAAGUGACGAAAGUAACAUACAGAUGCUGCCAGUUUAACUUGUGUAACAAAAAUAAUGGAUCAUUGGGGAAGUCAGCAUUGCUGGGGACCUCAGUUCUGGUGGCCAUUUUGAAUCUUUGUUUCUUAAGUCAUCUCUAAGUCCUGGAUGCCUCCUUUCUGUCUGUCUGUCUGUCUGUCUGUCUGUCUGUCUGUCUCUCUUUUUCCUGCUGCUGCAGCAGUCUAAAGCCUCUGUUAUUUUCCAGCUGUAUUCAUUAAGAAACAAUAAAGUUCACUUGGACAUCUUGGACAAGAGGGAGGAGUUUCAGCAGUGUGGAAGAGCACCAUGCACACCGGGAGGGCCCGCUUGCGGUUGCAGAGUGAAGUAGGAGGGUAGAACACCUGUAGGUGAUAUAAUCUUCCUUUGCCUGGCUUUCAGUUUCUGCUUAAGGGAGUUCCCGGCAACCCUCAGGGAUAGCUCCCUGGUUCCUGCACUGUAGCUGAAGAGUGAGAUCAGAGGGUACCUUUAGGAGUGAGUGGGCCGGGAGGAUUCUCUUCACCACUCUGACGCGUUCAAAAUGCCUUCAUGAUCUUCACGGGUCCUGAGCUGGUGUGUGAAUGUUCCAGAUCUGAGCAGUCAGUUAAGGGCAGUGACUGUUCAUUUGCUUAAAAAAACAAAAGCGCAGGGCGCGGUGGGCGCGGUGGGCGCGGUGGCGCACACCUUUAAUCCCAGCACUCUGGAGGCAGAGACAGGAGGAUUUCUGAGUUCGAGGCCAGCC